CCCACCCGAGCUGGCCGGAGCCCUCAUCCUGCCCGACACCAUAUAAGGGAAACACCACGCAGAGGUACAGCCAGGAGAAUCACCUUCGAAGCAUAUUCCACGGCAGUUAAACCACUCUUUAUUCGUACGGACAACCUGAACAAACAUGCAACCGAUCACCCUCUACUCGCACCCCAUCGGGCCCAACCCGUGGAAAGUCGCCCUCAUCCUCUCAGCGCUCCAGCUCCCCUACGAGACCGUGAUGGUCGACUUCGUCGACGUCAAAACCCCCCCCUACGUGAAUCUGUGUCCUAACGGCCGUCUCCCAACCAUCGUGGACCCCAAUCAGAACAACCUGACCCUGUGGGAGUCCGGCGCCAUCGUGAAUUACCUGAUCGAAACCUACGACUCAAACCACCAGCUCAGCUACGAUACGUGUCCGGAGCGCCACCACCUCCAGCAGUGGCUGCAUUUCCAGGUCUCCGGGCAGGGGCCCUACUACGGGCAGUUGGGGUGGUUCCAGCGGCAACCCGAGCGGGUGCCGCUUGCAAUCGAGCGGUAUACGGCGGAGGUCCGGCGGGUGAUGGGGGUGCUGGACCGCGCGCUGGAGGGCAAGGAGUGGCUGGUCGGGGACAAGUGCACGUUUGUGGACUUGUGCUUUGUGCCGUGGCAGGAGUUGGUGCCGUUCAUGGUGCGGGAUGAGGCGGUGGUGCGGGAGCUGGUGGAGCAGUAUCCCAAUGUGAGGGCGUGGAUGGGGCGGAUGAAGGGGAGGGAGGAGGUGCAGAAGGUGUUGCGGGAGAAGCGGGAGGCGAUGGAGCAGGAGCAGUCAAGGUAGUUCUUUUGCCUUUGCCUUUGGUGUUG